AUGUUUAAAAGCUCACCAGCAGGGAGAAUAUUUUUAUAAUACGGCAACACCAAAUCAAAAAAGUUUGACAUAUCGCAGUGAAGUGGUGUGGACAGUGAACGUGUGUGUAGUUUUUAAUAAAUAAUUAUUUUUUAUGUAGUGUUACAAAGGAAACAGAGCACAAGAUGGCCAUGGCUACAGCAACGCACAACUCCGUCACUUCGUCGAUGGAGUCCUCUCAGACCCUCAUCCAGACGGAGUCGAGGGUCCAGAGGAGCUACCAGGAGGUCCAGGUGUCGGAACAACGUCAAGUCAAGAAGAAGAAGUCAAUGAGGAGGCAUAAGGAUGAGGGGAAUAUUUCUGUGUCCAGGAGCUCAUCGAAGCUCCACAAGAAGAUGCAGGCCGCCGACGAGAACCCUCAGUGCGCCGCCUGCUCCCGCCCCGUCUACGCCAUGGAACGCAUCAAAGCGGAAAAACGUGCCUGGCAUAAGGAGUGCUUCCGCUGUACGCAGUGCAACAAGCAGCUCACCGUGGAGACGUACCAGAGUGACCACACUACUCUCUACUGCAAGCCGCACUUCAAACAGCUAUUCGAACCCAAACCUGUCGACGGAGAUGACCACACAGACGCGGCUCCCCCUAAGAAACAUCAAAUGAUUAUUUGUGAAAGCAACCCCGUCGAGCUACCCCCUGAUGUUGCCAGAGCAUCAGACAAACCAGACCUGGGUCUCGAGGAGCUCUCGCAGCUCGACGUGAAGUCCCGCUUUGAGGUGUUCGAGAAGAAGAACGUAGCCGAGGACCCCGCGCCCAGAGAACCCAGGGCUCCGAGGGAGAAGAGCACCGCACUGCUGUCCAAGCUGGCCAAGUUCAAAGCCAAGGGCAUGGACGUGGGCGUGUCCGACGAGUACCUGAACGGGGUGCCGGUGGAGGCCAGCUCCAGCGAGCCUGAGGACGAGGAUGACGAAGACUCUAUCCUCAAGAAGUCCUACAAGGCCGCUAACGGCCGCGAGCAGCCCGUCUCCUUCUGCAACAUGAGCGAGAUAGUCGGCAAGUUUGAAACGGGACAGCACAAUAGCUCCGAACGUACCCGCGAGAGGAAACAAGAGAUACAGAACAUUCGCAGCAGGCUUUUUAUGGGCAAGCAGGCUAAAAUCAAAGAGAUGUACGAACAGUCCGUUAUGCAGAGCGAACAAGGUGUAACAUCAGCGGACAAGAUCGCUCGCGAGCUAGAACUGGACGCUGAAAAGUCCCGAGCGAUCAAACAGCGCUUCGAGAACGGCGAGGUGUUCAACGACGAGAACCAGCCCCCGAGGAACAGGGAGAUUGAGGACCAGGCGCUCUUUAACGAAGGUAUCGGCAAGAAGUCUCGUUCCAUCUUCUUGGAGCUGGACGCGAACGCCAAGAACAUGACGCCGACCUCGCCGCCGCCGCAGGAAGUGCCCAAGAGGAAGGAAAUUCCCUUCAUACCCAAGGACGUAGUUCGCGCAGCAGACAAAGUGGAGGAAGUCCACAUCCAGACCGCCGACAUCACUGACCGCUUCAAGUUCUUCGAGACCUACAAACCCGAGCAGACCCGCAAGGAGUUCCGCAUGACGCCACCCAGGCAGACGCAGCGAGCCAAAUCCCCGUCCCCCGAAGUGUACCACGAGCCCAGCGUGGUGCGCAGCGAGCAGGCGGCGCCCGACACGGGGCUGGCCGCCACCCGCCACACCGCCUCGCGCAUGAUCACCGUGUUCCGCCAGCUGGAGGAGCAGCGCCAGCCCGAGCCCCAGGGCCCCAAACCCCUGAAGUGCUUCACCCCCCCUCCGCCGGGCGAGGAGACCCACCAGGGCCACAGCUCCGAGGAGUACAGCGACGAGGAGUACUCGGACGACGAGGACAGCGAGGAGGAGCGCCAGAGGUUCUACAACGAGACCCGGGAGAGAGACGAGGCUCUCAAACAGGCCCAACAACUAGCCCGCACCAAGAGCUUCCGCGACCGCUUCGAGCACUGGUCCGAGUCGGAACCCGAGCGGCAAGUCGGGCAAGUCGUCAUAGAGCGCGACGACGACGGGGAGUCGCAGCUCGAGACCGCCAAGAGCUUGCGCGAAAAGUUCGAAGCUAUGCAGGUGCAACAGUCAAACGUGACGAAGACGUUCGCGACUAAAGUCAAUAGAUUUGUGUAACCAUGGAGUGAUACCGCGAGAGCCGUUGAUUGCCAAAGCCUUACGUUUUAACCCUGUUUUAAAGUUGUAAAGUCUCGUAUUGCCAAUAACGCAGAAAAUAUAAUGUAACUCUGGUACAAAUUACUAACUUAAGCUCGUUUUCUUUACAUAAGACUUAUUUUGAUUUUCAAGUAUCGCCAGUGACUACAUUAAGGGCCUGUUUCACUAUGUCCAAGUAAAAUCCAGAAUAAGCUACUUGCCACUUACCUGACGAAUAAAGUCAUCGUUGGCGUUUCACUAUCUUCAAAUAAGCUUAACUCGUAGAUAGUGCUAAGUUUUGCAGGAUGUUUUAUCUGGCAGUUAUUUUCCAAUUAGCUAUCCAAUACUUUACUUGGACAUUUUGAAACAGGCCGUAAGUAUGGUUACGGUUUAAUUACCACGGUAAAAAUAGCUUAAUAAGGUACUCCUUUUUGGUUUUUUACAUUAGUAUGAAAAAUAUAGCGAGGUAAGUGUCAUCACGGAUCACAUUCAGUGUGAAACGUUUAGUGACUAUUUAGUUCGAAUUGUUCUGAAAAAUCAGAAUCUAGAAACUUUUUUCUAAUCAAAAUACGAUACCGAAUAUACACCGUGUUUUUAUUGAAUUUCGUUAACUUCGGGGUAUCGGUAAGUACGUUUAAGGAAACUAAAUUGCAUAGUUAAUUUUGAAAAAAAAAAAUAUUUUUGUUUUUUUUUUUUACUAUUUUUUUUUUUAUAAAUAGUAACUAAAUGUUGCGUAUAGCGUUGUUGUAACACGGGCAUUACAUUUAACUCAACCAAACAAUUGAAAACUGUGACAUAUCAAUGUCAUGUCGAACGUCGAUCGUCCGAGAUAGUACUUACGUUUAGUAGCAAAUGUAUGAACUCGCACUAAACACUAAUCAAUAAGUAAACAGGCCCUAAGGCAAGUGUACACGCUCGUAAGGGCGAAAGUUACUUAAUUUAAGCUCAGGAAUGCAGCCUCGAAAUUAACGCAAAUAAAAAAAAACACGGUGUAUAUGGAUUAAAGUUACACCUUUUAUAAUUGUUACACCUUGUAUCUGGAAAGUUUUCAUAAAACAUUUAUAAUGCAUUUAGGGUCAUUUAGCAUUUAUAGUGCCUUAUUGAGUGCAUUUCAACAGAUAAAUAGCACAUUUUAAACCCAAACCAUUGCACGGGUUACACAAAACCUUCAAAAAUUAUACACUUAAACCUUCCUCAAAAAUCACUCUAUUGAUAGGUGAACCGCAUGACAAUCCGUUCAGUCGUUUUUGAGCUUAUCGCGAACAUACAUAUUCUAUUCUAUUAUCGCGAACAUACAUACAGACACGCGGCGGGGGACUGUUUUAUAAGCUGUAGCGAUGUUUGAGUCACAUUUUCGAGUCACAUAUAUUAUUUCAUUCUUGGCAACUCUUUAAAGGAGUUACAUUUCUGUUACAUUAUAUUUUCUGUGCCAAUUAUACUAUAGUUAAGUUAUGGUUGUAUCCUUAGAUAAAUCUAAAUUAGAUUAUAAAUAUAUUUAUACAAUUUUAUAUACUAAGGACUGAAUAGGUUGCAUUUGAAGUGCCUUAAUAUGUGCAAUAAGGAAAAGCUCAUACGUGAAAAUUACUUGAUUCGCUUUUUCAACUUGCUACCUAAUCUUACAUUUUAUGAUUAUUAAUACACGGUGUUUUUUUUUAAGUCCGUUAACUUCGGGGUACGGCAAGUUCAUUUAAGAUAUUUUUUUUAUUCGUAAAAAGUAAUUCUAAUUAAUAAGAUUGUUGUAACAUGGUCAUUAUAUUUAAAUCCACCAAAUAAUUGAAAACUAUGACAUAUCAAUGACAUUUCGAAUAUCGAUCGUCCGAGAUACUUGCGUUUAGUAGGAAAUGUAUAAACUCGUACUAAACACUAAUCAAUAUGUAAACAGGCCCUAAGGCAAGUGUACACGCUUGUAGGGGCCUUAUCAGAUAAAAAUAAAUCAUUAAUUAUCUCCAAAAUGGAGUCAAUUAGAAUACCGGUUUCUUUGAGAAAGUUACUUAAUUUAAGCUCAGUAAUGCACCCUUGAAAUUUACAAAGAAACACCGUGUAUGUAAGCUCGCUCAAACAAGAGGUUUGUUAAUGUAUCCAAAUUGGUUUAUUAAAAUUCUCGAGUUAAAUGCUUUGGGAUAAAUUCGAUAAUGUAAUCGAACAAUUAUUUUCAUAUUUUAGGGAACAGUUUAUUUUGUGAUUUUCGUAUUUAUUUCAUUUCUAAAAUUAUGCAAAUGUACCUCUUAAUACAGACUUUUGACAGAAUUCAUGACAUUUGUAUGAAAAAUAUGUUUUCGAAAAUGCCAUGUUCGAAGUAAAUCCAAAGCACUAUAAAAAUCAGUAGACUUAUUUGGAGUUGGAGCUAGAAUCUCAAUGUUUUUGUAUUUUCGACUUCAUAUUUAGCGAAUUAUAAUCUAUAUUUGAUGGAACCUUUAAAAACCGAUUUAUAUUAAGCUUGCCGUUUCGUAAAAAUCUCUUAAUUAAUAUAGGUAGGCACUGAAUUUAACUAAAAUUAUUAAAUUGAUUGUGAAUUGACAAAUAAUUUUGUAUUUUAAAUAAAUCACAAUUUUGACCAGUAUUUAGCGAAGUGUACCACUUUUUUUAAAGUUUGAGGCAAUACCCUUGGAAUAAAAAAAAGAUUGUCUAUAUAAAACAUAAAUACUAAUAAUACCACAGAAUAAGUAAUGAGAUGAGAGCAGAGAAUGUCCGAAAGAAUCAGUGUCGCUCCCUUCAUAAUACUCAAAGAUGCAUUGGUUGAUUGGCAGAAAUAUCUUAAAGCUAUAAUGUCGAAUGUUUAACAUAGUAAAUACUAUAAAAACUGAUAAUACUCAAAGAAGACGCAUUGGAUGAGUGGUAAAGUAUAUCUUAAAGUAAGUUCGUUAUGUGAAGUUUAGAGAAUCUCAUGUUUUACUGUCAUGGAAAAAUACUUUUUUAACCUUUUGACCGCCAAAGACGUCAUAUGACGUGCGCGGCUACAGCCCAAUAUCAACCUUCAUGCGUACCGACAAGGUUCACGAUUACGCGCCGCGUACGGUAGGCGUGGCGUUCAAAAGGUUAAAUAUACGAUCUGGUUUUUCAACAAUUAUGUAUUCAUUUUCUUACACUAUAUCCAAGGGUAUAUCCGAAGAAGCGUUAUCAAUAUAGUAUAUUUGUAUAUUAUAUGUGAGUUACGAAAAUAUAGUAUUUUAUUAGUCUAUUGAUGUGGCUCUCUCUAUCUUUAGGUAUUUAAAUAAAAGUAAACAAAAUCUACCCUCAAAUGGCUCUUUAAGCCAGUUGUAAGCAAGUUGUAUGUUAAAGUCAGGUUCAGUGACAGAUCCAGGCGGUUUUGUAUUUGGUUAGUUAACCAAAAAAUUGUUUGUUUACUUUUAUUUGAAUACCUAAAGAUACAAAGUAGUAAGUAAAGUAUUAUUUUCAUUGGUCAAGAGUUCUUGCCAUAUUUAUUACUAUUAAUAAUUAUUUUAUCAAUUUGUGUCGCUAUAUGUGCCAUUUUCAAUGGAUCAUUUUAUUUUAUUAAGUGCAUGAUUUUCAGGUUAUUAUAAAUAAAUAUUUAACCCAUCAAAUGGCGGCGACGUCUAAAAUUGUCACGAGUUUUUCUACUUGUCUUAAGAGACAAGCCUAUGUUAAUCCUCCUUGCGUCAUAUUCCUCUACAUUGAGGGUCGUGACCUAAAUUUUGUAUCACUUUCUCUCUUUUGAUCUUUCUCCAUCUGUUUCUGUCUCUGGCGGUGUGGAGAGCCAUGUGAACGGUGCGGAUCUGGUCAGACCAACGUAUUGGACUGCGUCCGUGUCCAGGCCUUUUCCCAGCUACUUUGCCGAAAAAUGAUAUUGAUAUGAUAUGAUGUUUUUUUUUUUGUGUUGCAUAUGUGUUGGCAUAUGACCAGAUGUAUUGUAUGUCCUUAUACCGCCUUAUAAAAAAAAUAACAGUUUAACGUUAAAACCUAAAAAGUAGUAAAAGCCCCUGAAGCCUGCACUUGCUUCUAUGACAUACGCAAUGACUGUUGAAUAACAAUGGUAAAGUAAGGACGAAGAAAUCCGUACAUUGUUCUGACUGUUGCUAUCCCUAUUGAACGCGCUUUAUUAUAUUGCUGUCCCGCUCGCCCAGUGGCAUUGGCAUGAGCGGGACAGCAAUAUAAUUACUCGCAUGCUAUAGAGAUACGAAAAGGCAGGUCAAUGUACCAAAUUCUUUAUGCUUAGCUUCCUUAUUUUAAAUAUCGCAGCAUAUCAUGACGACUUUAGACGUCAUUGGCGUUGAAAGGGUUAAUUAAAAGAAUUUCAUGUUAAUUUUCAUAAUUUAGGUAAUUAUACGAUCCGACUGAUUACCGACUCUCUAUUUAUUGUUUGUACUUACGUUUUCAAUGUUUUUCAACUUAUUUAGACACUUCGUUAGGUAAAUAAAUGACGUAAAAUUA